UUAUUUUUACAAUUUUAAAAACAGAACAAAUGGGAGUUUCAAAAUUUGUUGUAUAUAACCUGUUCUUACUAUUCUUCAUCGGCCAGUCAGUCUCAGGUUUUGACCAUUUGUGGAACUGCAGCACACACAUUGAAUUUGCUUCGAGAGAAAGCAACUGCCAUACUCUUUACCAGCUGCGCUCACCUGCGAGCGUGGAUAGCUUUUCCAUGGCACCCUCGGACAUGUCCCAAGUCCAUGCUCGAGGUGAUGAGCCUGCACCCCAGACACAGAGCGACAACUCUAGGCAAAACAUAAGCACCUUUGAUGCGGACAAUGGUGAAUUCCACUUUCUAGUAACCGGCGGCUAUCGUCCCGAAAAGGAUGACCUGGUUAAAUUUUUAGUUUCGGUACGACUUAAACAGAGAUCUAAAUUCUUUGGCGACGACCAUAUGUGUGGCGGCUGUUUAAUAUCUAAGACAGUUGUUCUAACAGCAGCCCAUUGUCUGGUUGAUGAAAGCGAAACGGUUCUACCUAGAAAUAAGUUAAAGGUAGUUGCAGGUACACCGCGUCGCCUAUUGAAGACAAGUAGGACCCAACAAAUAAAAGUGAAAAAGGUCAGGCCGCAUCCAGAGUUCUCCGCUGAAACACUGUCCAAUGAUAUUGGCAUUUUACUUCUCAAAAGCGAGAUGCAGCCAGAUGAAAAUUUUGUCGCUAUAAUACCCAUGGCGGGCGAGGAUCCCUCCGCUGGAUUAAAGUGCACAGUCAUUGGAUGGGGUGCUAUUUUUGAGAUAUUACAAAUAUAAUCAGAAUGAGAGAUAAAUAAAACGGGAGUAAGCAGAAUCUGAUUCUCUAUUACAAAUAGCUCCGAAUGAGAGAAUUGACUGCCUAUAAUAAAUGUAUCGGAAAUAAGCAGAAUACUAUCUGAUUCUCAUUAAAAUCUGCACUCCUAGAAUGGCCCAUUACCCGACGAGGCAGUCAGAGGCGAUUUGACUAUCCUUCCAAAUGAAUUUUGCUAUACAUUAAGCUUAUUUGAAAAAGGCAUGAUAUGUGCCUCGAACCCAAAGGAUUUCGAAGUGGACUCCUGCCAGGGUGAUUCGGGUGGACCGUUAAUAUGCGCAGGAAAAGUGGUGGGCGUCGUCUCCUUUGGCGAAGGCUGUGGCAAGCCGUUUUCCGCCGGCGUUUACGCUGAUGUAUACUACUAUCGUAAUUGGAUAGAGAAUAAUGCAGCAAAGUGCCCAUUGGCGUCCUGGUUUUGGCUUCUACUGAUCGCGCUGGUAAUGCAAACUCUGCGAGCUCACUGACUUUAGAAUGUGUGCUUAGAGUUAAUCAGAUUUAUGAAUCUCGAUUUUGAGCGAUUUUAAGUUGUUCUCUGGAAAAUAUGAAAAAUUCUGUGCACACCGUGGUAAAAGCGUUGACUAAGAAGCUCGCUGUAAAAUUACGUCCAAACCGAAUGACUGACUAGUGCUACUUAAUGGUUACUUUUAAACAUCAAGUUUCCACCCAUUUCGUCACGACUUUCCUUAAUAAAGGAAUUCGCUUUCAACUAAAAUUUUACAUAGAUAUUACAAAUAGAUCCGAAUGAGAGAAUCGAGA